GAUACACUUGGAGGGAUUUUUAACACAGAAAAAGGAAAAAAAACAACCGCAUUUAAUAUGUUUAGGAUAUAUCAUAAAUAUUAAUGUUUAUGUAGUGGUGUUUUCUCGAUAAUAAAUUAAAAUACCUGAUUGCGUACUUUGCAAUACGAAACCAGAGUGCACAUGUACUAUCCACCGAUUUAUCCGCAUGAAACAAUAGCGAAACUGCUAACUAGCAACCGGCUACCUUAAGAGCUAUGUUUUCAGAUAAAAAGAACUUAACAUUGCGGCUAUGUAAGGCAGUUAAUGACGGCGAACCAAGGACUGUCGAGGCCCUGCUUUUGCAAGGUGCCAAUCCGAACCUCGUCCUCCGCAAAGGUGUCGCCGCCGUGCAUUUGGCUGUUGGUAAAGAGACCGAGAAGCGAAUCCGCUGCCUGAAGCUGCUGCUUCAGCAUGGUGCAGACCCCAACGCCAGAUCUGUGGAGGAUUUAACCCCUUUGCACGUUGCUGCUUUGUGGGGUUGCUAUCAGAACCUCAAACUGCUUUUACAAAAUGGGGGGAAUCCUAAUUUAGAGGACCAGGAUGGGAAUACAGCAACUGACUUGGCAAACCAGCAAGACAACCGCAAAUGUGCCCAGCUUCUGAAGGAAUAUCGGUCUUGGGAUGCACUGGGGACAGACGACAAUGAUCUGCCACAAUUCCAGUACUCUUUUUACCGUGGUCAAGAUUGCAGAGAUACUUCUCCCCACAGUGGAACAGUGGACAGCAGUGCUGGAUUACAUGACCUAUCCUUGCUGAGUGACUAUGGUGAGGGGCCCCUCAGCAGCACCAGACGAUCCUCCUCGCUGAACCUGUCUAGGAUCAAUAGCAGACCCUCCUGGAGAGGCAGGUCCCAGCUAUCAGGACUGCCAGACUUCACUGAUCUUCAGGGGCGUCGCACUCAGGAAUGGAACCAGGAGUUUAACAUGGAUCUAGCAGCUCCGUCCAUACUCAGCAGCACUCGGAUAUCAGCUGGUCAGCAGUCUUAUUCUGGGGUUUUGCCAGUGGUGGAGGAGAAAGAGUCCCUUGUUUACUCUCAAAAAAUGCAGUGCGAUCCUGUGAUACACAAAAGACCAACAAAUGAACUUCCUCCUCAGCCGGACCCACUUUACUCCUCAAGGUGCGCCAGCCGCAAAAGUGUAAGCUUUAAGGAUGUGGAUGACUACUUCCCUGUGUUUGCUGAUGAGUCACCCAAACAGAAUGAAAAUCAAAGCCACCACUCCUCAACUGACACAACAGUUGACUUCACAGACUACCCAGAAUUCCUGAAUUUAGAGCGCUUGGCAUCUGUCUCGCACAAUCAGGGAAUUGAUGUUACUUCUCCUGAUCAUGUCUUUGUUUUUUCCCGAGACAACCACUGUGCAAGUCCUGAUUUGGAUAAGACUGUGGUUGGAAACUGGCUAAUGGAGGGAAAAGAUGAGGGGGAGAAGGACAAUUGUGACUUGGCCAAGAUAAAAGGGCCUAUUCAACCUGUAUGCAGCUCCAGUGGUAGCAGUGGACCCAGUGAAUACAGCAGCUGUGACAGUGAUCCAUACACUACUGUUCUGGGGCCUUGCAUCCUUCACAGGAACACAUCGUUUAGUGAUGAUGAUAGGGAAACUGGGGCAAUGUCCCAACAAGAUCGAGGUUCUCCAGGAAUGGCCUCCCCAAAUAUACAGGUGUGCGAAGCAACAGAGCAGUCUGAAUCAGCAAAAUUACUGCUUAUUACUGAAAAGUCGUUGAAUACUGUUGAUUCAGAAGAGUAUAAAGGUGUCUUAGAUGUAAGUGGAAAAGGCACGGCUCUCCCCAAUAAGGCCAACAAGAGCACUUCAAAAGUAGCUGCCUGUCUUUCUCAAUUAAUUAAUGACCUGGUACUGUCUCCUAAGAGCCCUUCAGUAAAAUGUAAUGCAGAAGGUCUGAAAAAUGUGAAAAAAGAAGGUUCAGACAUCCCAGUUGAAGAACCUGAGUGGCCGUGUGAAGACAAAGGGAAAGUAUUGAGAGGAGUUAUGGAUCUUUCAAAAGGCUGUCGUGAGUCUUGUAGUGUUGAUGGAGAUGGGGGCUUGCUUCCUCUGAGCCCAUUUGUCACAGGGAGGACUCGCUCCAGGCUCAGUCGCAGCUCCUCCAGAGUCAGUAGUAACAUUGCAGAUUCCUCAGUCCAUUCGCUUUUUGAAGACUCCUUGCCUACGCCGAGCCGACUGCAGCUCCGCCAAACCAGAACGCCCAACAGUGGGAGGAUGCCCAGCAUCGCAGCAAAUAGCCAGUGCAGCAGUCCAGCACGUUUAAUGAGACGGGCAACCACAACGAAGGACACCAUGGUUCAUUGUUUCCAGGAAACUCAGACCAGAACUCUUCCAUCUGAAAGCCAGGCAGACACACUGAUCAUCUCUGAUAGUGCAGCUGACACAGUCAUCCUGGAGAAAGUCUGUGGAGAAAGUGCAACAAACUCCCUGGCAGAUGAGCAAGCAACAAGAUUAGGCUUCCUCAAUAGUCAUGGCAUGAAUGACACUGAGUUUCUCACGGAUGAUCGGUCCAGUUCAGAAGGGAAAGGACUCAUGCAGGAGUUGAGCUCGGGCGAAUCGCUGGAAGCGGCUUGGGGUAUCAAGGACAAAGAGUCUUUGAUCACUGAUGAUGGGGACACUGGGGACUCCCAGUUGGAAGUAGUCCCACACACACCAACAGCUAAGUACUGUUGCACAUCACCCGUGACGCCAGCAUCUGGGCGCACCAUGCGGUACAGCAUCAGUAGGCUCUCUGCCUCCCACAAGCCUCGGAGGCUGGCUGAUCUGUCUUACACCCCAGGUGGGAGGCCCCUGAUUCCCAGUGAGGAGCAGCCCGUUGAGUACCUGUACACUGAUAUCGAGAAGGGACACGAGCUGAUCGAAUGCCAUGUGCCGCCCACCACCAAUGUCACUCUUAGUUCUGAAACCAGUCUGGCCACAAGCGAUGACACCGUGCUGUACGACUGGCGUUCCCUGCAGCUCAGUCUUGGGAAAGGAAAGGAGAACGAGAAGCCCCAGGAGGAGAUUCUCCUGGAUACAGCAGGCCUGACAGAUAGGGAGCUAAGGAGGAGGUUGCAGGAAUUAGGAGAGCAGCCAGGACCCAUCAGCAGGUUCACCCGCCCAGCGUACAUCAACAAAUUGAAUAGUCUGCUUCAGAAGUCCAAGAACCAGCAGCUUGCUGCCCAUAACACAGGCUACAGUUUAGAACUGGCCAGUGCUCUGGAGACUUUCACCCUACCAAACUGCCAGGCUGAGGAGAUGGCCCUGUGCCAGCAGUUUGACCAACCUGACCAGAACAGGAAGUGGCGGGAAGGAAUCACCAAGUCAAGUUUUAAUUAUGUGCUGCUUGACCCAAGAGUGACGAAGAACCUACCAUCCCGUAGCUCAUGUAUAACACCCACAGAGUGUUUCCACGCCUUCGUCAAUGCCAUCUUCUACAUAGGCAAGGGGAAACGGUCCCGUCCAUACAGCCACCUCUAUGAGGCGCUGGAGUAUCACAGAGGGGACAAAACCUCAAAGAAGCUGUGCUCUAAGGUGCAGCACAUCCUGCAGGUGUGGGGGGCAGGCCAAGGGGUCAUCUCCCUGCACUGCUUCCAGAACGUCAUCCCCGUGGAGGCCUACACCCGCGAAGCUUGCAUGGUAGAUGCCAUUGGCCUAAAGAUGCUCACCAACCAAAAGCGUGGGGAUUACUAUGGCGUGGUGUCCACUUGGCCGUUGAAAAGGCGGCGCGAGCUGGGUGUUCACCUGCUCUAUCGCGCCAUGCAGAUCUUCCUGGCUGAGGGAGAGCGGCAGUUGCGACCGGCAGAUAUCUAAGUGACCACCAUUAGGACCGUGCGUGAGUGAGGUGACCCUGGCAGCAGUUAUGGACAAUCCUUGAUCUGUCCUCUGGACUCAGUUAAUAGCCUUUAUUCUAAAAAACUUAUAAUCAUGGUGAUGAUAUUGACAUUGAUUUAUUUUAUUUUUUUUACCUAAAUUACAGAUUCCACUCAAACACCACAAGGGGAGCUGCAGAACACUUUACUGCAUCACAUCUCUAAUCACCCCAGUAGAUAAAACUGUAGCUUCGGAUAAAGGCGUCUGCCAGUAAUUAUGUUAAAAGGAAAAACUGCGAGCAGCAGGAACAGACCAGGGUACUUCAUUCACUUCCAUGCACAGGCGAUGAGUGUUCAAUAUAUUCUUAUCGUUUACUUUUGUAGUCAUUUUAAUCCAGUUUUAAUUACUGAAUCAUUUUUAACAAUGGGAAAGUAUUUCACAUAGCUACAGAAAAAAAGUUGCAAAUGAAAUGGCAUUAAAAGCUUGCAGAGCACUGUAAUCUUAUAGGGUUAAACUGGAAUCUUAAAUCUUGGGAAUUGUGCUUUUUUUAUUUUCUCUCUGUAACGCUUCCUGUUGUCACUAUUUGGAAGUAGUGGUCACUGAAAUGGCAGUACCUUGCAUUUAGUAUUCUGUAUAUAGUUACAUAUUUGUUGCAAAGUGGUUUGAAGAUCUGAGUUCAGCUUGUGGAAAAAAAGUAGGUUAAUUUGCCCCAAAGCUAAAAAAAUGUUUCACAAUAACACCUUUUUAUAACCUGGUGUGUGUGUGUGUGUGUGUGUGUGUGUGUGUGUGUGUGUGUGUGUGUGUGUGUGUGUGUGUGUGUGUGUGUGUGUGUGUGUGUGUGUGUGUGUGUGUGUGUGUGUGUGUGUGUGGGGGGGGGGUGUUACCAUAGUUACUAUAGUUACUGGAUAUUGGCCAAAGUGUCACACUAUAGAAUGCACUGGAUAAAGAAGACACAUCUUUUGCUGUGGCAAGCAGGAAGUCAUGUCAGCUUUCGUUUAUGUUUAACAUUCAUGUUGUGUUGGAGUCACUGUCUGCAGCAAGUAAUCAUGUUACACUUUGUUCAGGGUUUAAGAUGAUCAGAUAGAGUGUAAAUCAUUCAGAUAAACCAUAAUUAAUGAUCAUCACAGGUGUGGAAAUGAUCACAAUAUGAUUACAACUCUCAGUAGACAUUACUGCCUUUAUUUGCAGUCGCAUGGAUAAGCAUUAGACACACAUCUGUUCAGAUAUUUUUGUAGGUAAUUAAAAAGUAUAAAUGAGCUGUA